GCCACUGUUCGUCAGUCGUUUUAUGUACACUGUACACACUACUCAAACAGUGUACGGUGAGAGUUCCGUUAACAAUAAUCCGUGAGGACACGACAAACAGCCUAGGACUUUGUACGUCUCUAUUAUUGUAGUCGUAAUACUACGUCAUUGCAUUAUAUUAAAAUAAUAUAGGCUUAAGAGUAUAGUAUAGUGUUUUGAACGAAAUAAUAUAAAUAUUAAAAUAGAAUAAAGUGAAGAAAAAUAGACGGACUAUCCUCUGCCAGAAUGCCACUGUCACUUAAAUCUAUAUGGAAAGGAAACUCAAAACAUAAAAAACUGUCGGAAGACAAAUCGUUGGCGAUUGGACAAAACGUGGAAGACGGGACCGCGAUCGCUGUUGAAGACGACCAGACAACGUUUGAAGUUAAAUAUCUAGGCAACACUCCCGUGGAUUCUACGGCUGGCGCCAUCGUCGAAGCGGUUAAAACCAUUUUGGUUAUGAGUAAAGCUAGCAAAAGGAAACCACAGAACGUAACGGUUACGUUAAAUGGACAAGGUAUCAAAGUGAUAGAGACCAGUGACGAAAAGAAGACAGUGCUGGAAACACCGAUAGAAAGGGUGUCUCAUUGUUUUACCGACUCAGCUCACAGCAAUGUAUUCGCCUUCGUCACAGCCAGCGGCCUAACCAUGUCGGAGUGUCACGCUUUCAUGUGCGCCAAACGGAAAAUGGCACAAAACAUGUCCGUCACUAUCGGCCAAUCGAUCAGCUCUGUGCCGGACGUCUGGAAGGAGAUUAACAAACCGAAACCAGACGCCGACUUGAAAACACCAGACAUAAUUCCUGCAGACGCCGUCCCAGAUGAUGUGGCUCAAGAGGUCAGAGAAGCGAAGUUAAUCGACUUGUCAGGAGAACCUUUACCUAGACAGCAAUACGAUACAUCCAGAUGGGUGAUGUUCGAAGAUGAUUCAUCUUCAAAGUUAGAUGUGGAAUUAUUACACCAAAGACCUGAAGGAUUUGCAAAUUUCUCGAAUCAUUUCAAACAAGAUCGCCCGAUGUGUUGCUAAAAAUCUCCUAGCUUGUGGUUCUUUAAAUUUAUACAUAUAUUGAUAUAUAUCUACUAUAUUAUUACUAAUAAAAUAUACAUAUAUCUAUACUCGUGGUUGUCCUGUAGCUUCAAUCAACUUUCAAUUUUACUUUAUAAAUUUUAUUAUAUUAUGAUUAUUUUGUUAUAUUUAGUUUACAUGUAAUUUAAUAAAAUAUAUAUUCAUAUUCAGCCAGUGGCCCUGAGUAUAUAGUUAUCUUUGA